AUGCGGCGGCCGGCGUUUGGGAUGCGCCGUGCCCGACGGUCGAGGACGAUGCGGAAUCGUGGGAUCGGGAUGUUCGGGAAGAAAUGGGAAGAACGGGCCACGGGUGCUGAUAGAUCGGGAGCUGUUCCUAACGUUGCGCGUACGAAAGCCCGGAGCUACGAGGAGCAUGUUCGCGGAAACAGUCUGAUCGGCGUGCGCGGUAUACUGCCCGAGGAACCUGGUUUCCACCACGCGCAAGUUCUCUGGCUGCGGAAGUCCGGAGAUGAUACGGCACAUAAGCGCAUGGCCGACUGUUCUGGUUUCCUUCAAUUACUGGCCGAUCUGCGUGCUGACGUUGGGAUCAGGGAGACAGCACGCCGCACGAUAGCAUGGAAGGGCAAAUGGGGCGCUACGGAGCAUGGGAAGCGAGUCCUGACCAACGGCCACUUCCUGGACAGGAACAAUGCACAAUCAGCCUUGUUUACGAAUCAACAGGGGGACGAAAAGAUUCCACCCUCCGGUAUUGACAAAUGGAUACUGCAUACGAAUGGAUCUGUGGGUGCAGAGUGCUUGAUGCAGCAGUUGAACGACGCUGUCGUCCAACGCGAGACACGAUAUGGUUCAAAAAAUCAUAACCGCAAGAGGACUCAGGCGCUUCUAUCACAAGCCCGGCGAGCCCGGUCGAUCACAUUUCACUCAAUUACCAGGGAAUCAGAACAGACCAAGCUUCAGGAAAAUGCAGAGUUCAAGAGAUAG